AUGUGUCAUCUAAUAUACUAUGUAUACUUUUAAUUGUAGGUCAUAAAUACGUACAUAAAUUGCAUGACUGCUACGGAGCAUCUACAAGUAAGGUCAGGUGGAACUGUGUUCUUAGAGAAUGCAUGCAUCUCUAAGAUGAUAAAGAUCGGUAGCUAUCUGCCCUCAGAUGACACGGAUGCUGCACCAGCAUGGGUAUUACACAGAGCCAAAGUGUAUUUGGAAAAUGAUAUGAUACACAUUCCAAUAAACAUGGACGACGUUCACUGGUACCUAUGUGUUAUAAAUGCCAGAAAACAAUGUGUUCAAGUGCUCGACUCGCUAGGCCCAUACAUGAACCGCAAGGACCUCAUUGAUACGCUAGAAGGACUGGAGGAUUUAUUCAAAUAUGCAUCCAAGCACAUGGAAUUAAAAUCCGACAAGUGGACUAAUUUAGAUGUUACAACAUGGAAAAGAGAAGAAUAUAUUAAGAGCGGUCUUCAAACGGAUGGGUACGCCUCCUAA